AUGGCCACGGUACUGAGGGCCGUUGGCGUUGGAGUUGGAAUGAGCAACCUGGAUAACUCUUUUGGCCCGCAGCUGGGGUCGCAGUUCGACUUUACUCUGCUGUUUGAGGAUUCAAUCUUGACUAUCCUGCCCGCAGGCCUGUUCAUUGCCGUAACUCCAUUUUUCUUCUUGCACUACCUGAAGCUACCGAUAUACAUCUCCAGCGGCCUUCUUUUAUGGACCAAGCUUGCCAUUGCGGUGGCGCUUCUUGGCGUUGACAUCGCCAAGCUGGGGUUGUGGAGCACAUUGCCUGCCUUGCGAUCUCAUGGUACUUUGCCGGGGGCUGUGCUGGUAUGCAUCAGCUCUCUCUGCUUGGUCGCCAUCCUCAGUCUCGAGCACCGGCACUCGCUGCGAUCGUGGGCAUUUACGAGCCUCUACCUUAGCUUGACCCUGUUGCUGGAUAUCGCAAAAUCUCGAACCUACUUCUCCAGAUCUGGCCUCGACGCAAUUGCGGGUUUGUCGACUGCAUCAUGCAUAGGCAAGUUGGCUCUUCUCUUGUUGGAGGAGGUCCCCAAAAGAAGAUACAUCAAGGUUCUUGCCCUCAAGAACUCGUUGAGCCGGGAGGCCAUUAGUGGAUUUUGGACGAGAGCCUUGUUUCUUUGGCUGAAUCCAACGUUUUUGUCGGGGUACAAGACACUUUUGCAGGUUGAGAGUUUGGGGAAUCUAGGAGAUGACUUCGCAGCUGAUCACCUCUCGGCAAAAUUUGAACUCGUUUGGGCAAAGUACAACCAUGUAUCAAAUCCGCUCAUCUGGUCAACUGUUGUGACACUUCGACGCCCAUUUUUGGCUGUCUUCAUUCCGCGAAUACUUUACACGGCGUUUACAUUUAGCCAACCUUUAUUAUUACAACGUAUUGUUCGAUUCGUUGGCGAGAAAGAUCCCCCAGCAACCGUUCGCAAUGGCCUUAUAGGAGCGACCGUUCUUAUUUACUUUGGAAUAGCGAUUACCAGAGCCGGCUUCAAUCACGCCAACUAUCGUUCAGUUACUAUGCUUCGUGGUGUGCUCGUCUCGGAGAUAUUUAAAAAGACCUUUGCACUUGAGCAGACAAAUGCCAAGGAGCUAGCUGCAGCGACCCUAAUGAGUACAGAUAUAGAAGGCAUUUCCAUGAACCUUCUCAAAUUUCACGAAAUCUGGGCCAAUAUUAUCGAGUUUGCUCUGGGGACAUACCUACUCACAACCGUAAUUGGCAAGGCAACAAUUCUGGUUAUAUUUCCAGGACUAAUUUCCGCGGUAAUUGGUUUCGUUAUUGGCCAACGAAUAGGCCCUGCGCGAAUGGCCUGGAAUAACGAGAUUGAGCAUCGAGUCUCAAUUACCUCAGAUAUGCUCCAACAGAUCAAGACCAUAAAGAUGGUUGGCCUGGCGCCCUCUGUGUCUGAUCUAGUUCAAGACCUUCGACAUUCAGAGAUGGAGCAGUCCAAGCCUUUUCGAAUUUUGUUCACAAUAAUGCAAGCCUCUGUUUUACUUUGCUAUCAAAUUACGCCUGUUAUUAUAAUUACUGCCGCAAUCCUCUGGACAGGCUUAUCCAACGGAUUGAAUGCUACCGAUACCUUUACGGCCCUAGCAUUUGUCACCAUGACGGCACUGCCAAUGGCAAAGUUAUUGGCUGCGUACCCGAAAUUUAUGUCUAUAUUAGGCUGCUUCAAACGGAUUGAGGCAUAUCUUUUACUAGAAGAACGCCUGGACAGCCGUGUUGUCAUCGACAAUCCCAAAAGUCGCGGCUCUGAGAAAGACGACUCCGAGAAAGAUCUUUCCAACUGUUCAACGUUGGAAACCAGCCAAGUUGCGAAUGAACCAUGCAUCCCGCAUGCUCCCGUCGUAUUUUGGAACGCAUCUAUUGCUCCGCCUGGAAAAGGCCCUAUACUAAAGGGAGUAAAUAUCUCAGUAGCUCACUCAACACUUGUGAUGGUUCUCGGCCGCACUGGCUCUGGCAAAUCCACGUUUUUGAGAGCCAUAGUCGGCGAGGCUAAUUUAACAGACGGAGCGAUCUACAUAGAGCAGCGUCAAAUUGCCUAUUGUGACCAGGCCUCUUGGCUAAAAGGUCUUUCUAUUCGAGAGAAUAUUAUCGGAGAAAGGUCGUACGAUGCAGACUGGUACGAAACCGUGCUCAAUGCAUGCCUCCUAAUCGAGGACAUUCGACAACUUGUACACGGCGAUCAAACAAUGUCCGGAGAUGGUGGUUCCAACCUGAGUGGUGGGCAGAGGCAAAGAAUUGCUCUUGCUAGAGCUGUCUAUUCACAGGCCCCUCUGCUAGUCCUGGACAAUGUGUUGAGUGCCUUGGAUAGCAACACAGCAGACGCUAUCUUCCAUAGGCUUAUCGGCUCGGGUGGCUUGCUACAACGGCUGGGUACCACAGUCAUUAUGACUACCCACUCAGCCAAAUACGUUGACUCCGCUGAUCAGGUCUUGCUCAUUGGGGAGGAUUGCACCAUAGAGUCUGUGUCGAGAUCAAGAGAUGUAGUGCACGGCGAGAAGGAUAUGGCUCGACUGCUUUCAGCCACUUCUCAAGAUGAGAGUAUAGAGAAGACCAAAGUCACUGAUUCAUCUCAGGACACUUCCAAGGAUGAUUGUGUCAGCCCUGAUGAGAAGCCGCUGGUGCGACAGCGAGGAGACUUUGGCCUUUAUGUAUAUUAUCUCAAUUCGACAGCCAAAUGGCUCUGGGCAAUCUGGGUGGUUGCAGUUGCGCUAUGCGCAUUUUCGGAAAGGCUCCCUGAAAUCUUCCUUCGUAUUUGGUUAGAUGUCGCCCCUGGCAAUAAGACAUACCUUGUAGGGUAUAUUAUAUUCGGAUUUGGUAGUUUUGUGGCCAGCGGACUAUCAAAAUGUUUGUACUUUCUUAAAAUCGUUCCCGAUAGUUCACAGAAUUUGCACCGCAGUCUUCUGCAAAAAGUCAUGGGGUUUAGCCAAGACAUGAGUCUUAUUAGCCAGGACUUGCCAAUGUCAUUUUCUCUUGUAAUAUACUCUUUUUUCUUGUUGGUCACAGAUGUAGGCAUCAUUGCAUCUGGGGCAUCCUACGUUGGCAUUACAAUACCCUUCAUCUUUGCCUGCUUGUAUAUUAUUCAACACUUCUACCUACGAACAUCACGACAAAUGCGGCAACUUGACCUGGAGUCCAAGACGCCCCUUUAUACCCAGUUUACCGAAAUUACCGCUGGUUUGAUGCACAUUCGAAGUUUCGGAUGGCAAAUUCAGUACCUGUCUCAAAGUCUACAAAUGCUGGACUAUUCCCAAAAGCCAUUUUACUAUAUGUUUUGUAUCCAGCGAUGGCUUGGCCUGGUGUCGGACCUCUGCGUGCUUGGCGUGGUGACUAUUCUAGUCACGGUUGCAUUAUGCCGCCAGGACUCAACGUCGCAGAAUGCCAUUGGCCUGGCGCUGCUAAUUGUUAUUCAAUUCGGCGACUCCAUUGUUGCCCUACUUACGACCUGGGUGGAUAUAGAGACUUCACUAGGUGCUAUUGCCCGUGUACGAGCCUUCAACGAAGCUACACCAACAGAGGAAGACCACGGGGGCGCCGAACUACCUUCUGGCUCCUUUAAGCAGGGAGCAGUAAAGAUGGCUGAUGUAUCAGCCACUUACAAUCCCUCAAAUAGCUCGGUCACGGCUCUUCGUAACGUGUCACUUGACAUUAAGCCUGGACAAAAGGUCGCAAUCCGCGGCCGAACUGGAAGUGGGAAAAGUUCCCUCAUUUUGACGCUCUUAAAUUUCUUAGAAUAUACAGGGAUAAUAGAAAUUGAUGGUACAGACAUAUCUACCAUUUCACGACAACAGCUCAGGUCUCUUAUCACGACGAUCCCCCAGGAGAUACUGGAGCUUCCAGGAACAUUGCGCUACAAUCUCCUCCCAGCAAACGGAAAGCAGCCACCGGACGAUGUUGUGAUUGCUGGAGUACUAGAAAAAGUACGACUACGGGAUCAUGUGGAUGCCCAUGGUGGACUUGAUGCUCCCCUAGUGAACAUGGGCUUUUCGCAUGGUCAAAAACAAUUGCUUGCCAUUGCACGAGCAAUACUGCAUAAACUGGCCAACAAAAGCGGCCUAUUGUUAGUGGACGAGGCCACGAGCGGUAUGGAUCAUGAAACGGCCGACGUAAUGCAGGAAGUCAUGAACGAAGUUUUUGGUAGUUGCACGGUGAUUUCGAUUUCACAUCGACCUGAAAGUAUUCGGAAUUCAGACGUAGUCAUCGACAUAGAUGAUGGAAGGGUUGUCUGCAUAGCCGAACAUGGGUCAUCAGAGACCUGA